AUGGUCACCCUACACGCGGGAAUAGCAUCUGGAGUGGCCGCGCCUGCACAGCGUCACUUCUCGAGCGGGCCCACCGACCCGCGUACGUGGCCUCUGAAUAAAGGGCCGGCAUUAGACCAAGUCACUAUUCAUUCGAGAGACGUGCCGGAGCAAAUAAUGGACCUGCAAGGCAACAACCUAACAAUAAUAUUCCAGAGCGACUUCCAGAACCUGAACGAUCUGAAGAUCCUGCAACUUGCCGAGAACCAGAUUCACACGAUAGAGCGCGACGCCUUCCUGUCGUUGAUAUCUCUGGAGCGGCUGAAACUGAACAAUAACCAACUCGGCCACCUGGCGGAGGGUGUUUUUGUGAGACUGAGGCAUCUGCAACGUUUGGACCUCAGCCGGAACGAGCUGACCGCCAUCAGCCGGCGCACCUUCCGCGGCCUCACCGCCCUAAAGAACCUCCACCUGGACGGAAACCAGCUCAAGUGCAUCGAUGACAAGGCCCUGGAGCCCCUGAAGAGUCUGGAAGUGCUGACCCUGAACAACAACAAUCUGACCUACUUGUCGAUGGAGCCGGCUUCGGUGGCCAGGCUGCACACCUUUCGUCUGACAGACAACCCCCUGGUCUGCGACUGUCGGGUGACUCGCCUCUUGACCGCUUUGCGGGCUUCGGUCAUAGUUGGCGUAGGUGCCAGAUGUCAGGCACCAGCUACCCUCAGAGGCGCUCUGCUGACCGAGCUGGAACUCCACGAGCUGAUAUGCAAUGGUCCAGCUACUGCUGUCCAGGCGGAGUGCUCAGCAGAGCCCCGGUGCCCACCGCCCUGCCGAUGCACCGCCGAGGGCACCAUGGACUGCAGGGAGAAGCUGCUCUCGGAGCUGCCGUCCACCAUUCCGCAUCGCACCACCGAAAUCCGUCUCGAGCAGAACGAGAUCAUGGAGGUGGGCGCCGGCGCUUUCGUUCCCGUGAAGAGGGUCGCCCGGAUAGACCUUUCGAACAACAAGAUCGUCAAGAUAGCCGCGGACGCUUUCAACGGCCUCACUCACCUCACAUCUCUGGUUUUAUACGGAAACAAGAUUAAGGACCUGCCAGCGGGGAUAUUCCACGGACUAACCUCUUUACAGCUUUUGUUGCUCAAUUCGAACGAGAUCUCUUGCAUUCGCAAAGACACCUUCAGAGAUCUCCAGAGCCUGAAGUUGUUAUCCCUGUACGACAACAACAUUCGCUCAAUACCCAACGGGACCUUCGACUCUUUGACGGGGAUCCAAACGCUGCAUCUCGGUAGGAACCCGUUCACGUGCGACUGCUCGCUGCGCUGGCUCGCGGCCUACCUGCGCAAGAACCCUAUAGAGACCUCGGGCGCCAAGUGCGACGCGCCCAAACGCUUGAGCAGGAAGAGGAUAGACGCCCUGAGGGAGGAGAACUUCAAGUGUAAACAGGGUGAGGAGGCGGCCGAGGGGGAGGGGACGUGCGGCGCGACCGGCAACUGCCCGGCGGCGUGCGCGUGCGAGUGGGACACGAGAGGGGCGCGCGUCGCGUGCGCCAGAGCGGGACAGACCGACGUGCCCCGCGACCUGCCGAUGGCGACGCACGCGCUACUGAUGCCCGACAACAACCUUCGCGGGAUCAAAUCGGACGGUCUCUUUGGCAGACUGCCAGACCUCAGCAAGCUGGACUUCAGGAACAACGGUAUAACAGAGAUAGAGGACAACGCGUUCGACGGCGCCGCCAACAUGCAAGAACUUCUACUGGACGGGAAUCUUCUGUCUGCUGUGACAGACAAGAUGUUCUUCGGCUUGCACAGCCUAAGCACGCUGUCCUUAGCCGACAACAAAAUCAAGUGCAUCACGCCCGGCGCCUUUGACCACCUGAACAUGCUGACCACACUCACGCUGUCCGGCAACCCGCUGCACUGCAGCUGCCACGUGGGCUGGCUCGCGGGCUGGCUGCGCAGCCGCCGGCUGGCGCCCGGAGCCAGCUGCGCCUCGCCGCCAGCCCUCCGCGGCGCCAAUCUCCAGCACCUGGAGCAGGCGGACUUUAAGUGCACCCCCGAGGACAAGGGCUGCCUCGCGCCGGAGUACUGCCCCGCGCUCUGCACGUGCACCGGCACCGUGGUGAGGUGCGCGCGCGCGCAGCUGACAGCCCUGCCAGCGAACAUACCGCGCCAGACCACGGAACUGUACCUGGAGUCGAACGAGAUUGCCAGCGUGGAGCCGGAGCAGAUCCGCCACCUGAGCCACCUGACGCGGCUGGACCUGUCCAACAACAGGAUAACAGUCCUCUACAAUAACACCUUCGAGGGCCUCACCAAGCUAUCUACCCUCAUAGUCAGCUACAACCGGCUGAGAUGCGUGCAGCGCGACGCCCUUAAGGGUCUGACUCAACUUCGGGUCCUCUCCUUGCACGGGAACAACAUAUCCAUGCUGGCCGAUGGCGUCUUCAGGGACCUGAAAUCCAUAUCGCAUGUGGCGCUGGGCUCGAACCCGCUCUAUUGCGACUGCAACGCGCUCUGGCUCUCCGAGUGGGUGAAGAGCGCGGGCGAGUACGUGGAGGCGGGCAUCGCCAGGUGCGCUGAGCCGGCCAGGAUGAAGGACAAGCUGGUGCUCAGCACGCUCUCCAGCGCCUUCGUCUGCACAGAGCCGCCGCCCGACGAGGUGGCCGCCAAGUGCGACCGCUGCCUGCGCGCCCCCUGCCUGAACGGCGGCACCUGCUCCGCCACCAGGGGCGGCUUCAGCUGCGCUUGCGCCAGGGGCUUCCACGGCGACGCGUGCCAGCACCGCAUCGACGCCUGCUACGGCGCCCCCUGCGCGCACGGCAGCUGUCGGCUACUCGAGGAGGGCCGCUUCAGCUGCGCUUGCCUCGCCGGCUACACCGGUAUCCGCUGCGAGGUGAACAUAGACGACUGCCUGGGCCACAGGUGCCAGAACAACGCCAGCUGCGUGGACCACCUGGAGGGCUACACCUGCAAAUGCGCCCCCGGCUACAUGGGCGAGUACUGCGAGAGGAAGAUACCGUACUGCAGCGCCGAGUUCAACCCGUGCGAGAACGGAGCCACGUGCGUGGACCACCGCAGCCACUACUCGUGCAGCUGCCCCCGCGGCUACUCGGGCCCCAACUGCACGGUCAACCCCGACGAUUGUGUGAACCACAUGUGCCAGAACGGCGCGACGUGCGUGGACGGGCUGGACGAGUACCGGUGCUCGUGCGCGGCGGGCUACGCGGGCCGCUACUGCGAGGCGGCGCCCCACGCGGCGCUCGGCACCUCGCCCUGCGCGCACCACGACUGCGUGCACGGCGUCUGCUACCUGCCCGCGCUCGCGCUGCAGGACGACAUUAUGAUGGAGAGGGCCAUGCUCGGCGCCAGCAACGACUACCUCUGCAAGUGCGCGCCGGGCUACUCGGGCCGUCUCUGCGAGUACCUCACUUCACUCACGUUCAACUACAACGACUCUCUGGUCGAGCUGGAGCCGCUGCGCACCUCGCCCCAGGCCAACGUCACGCUGGUGUUCAGCACCUCGCAGCACCACGGCGUGCUGAUGUACUACGGCGACCACGAGCACCUCGCGGUCGAGCUGUUCAACGGGAGGAUCCGCAUCAGCUACGACGUUGGCAACCACCCCACCUCCACCAUGUACAGUUUCGAGAUGGUCUCCGACGGUCACUACCACAAGGCGGAGCUGCUGGCGGUGAAGAAGAACUUCACUCUUCGCGUGGACGACGGCCCGGCCAGGUCCAUCAUCAACGAAGGCACCAACGAGUUCCUGAGGCUCAACCGCCCAAUGUUCCUGGGUGGAGUCCCUGAGGAUGUUGCGAAGGAGGCCUUCAGCAGGUGGCACCUCCGCAACAUCACCAGCUUCAAAGGGUGCCUUCGGGAGGCGUGGAUCAACCACAAGCGCGUGGACUUCGUGAACGCGGCGCGGACGGUGCGCACCGGCGCCGGCUGCGGGGGCGAGGAGCAGCCGCCCGCCCAGCCGGGGCCCGCCCUGCAGGAGGACGGCGCUCAUCGCCAGGAUUGGCGGUCUUCAGCAGGGGUCUACAUGCAUGUUUGUGCCCAGGACCCGUGCGUGCCGAACCCGUGCGCGCGUGGGGGGCGCUGCGUGCGCGAGGAGGGCUCCCCCUCCGACUACACGUGCCGCUGCAGGGCGGGCACGGCGGGCGCACAGUGCGAGCUGCGCACCGGCAUCGGGGGCGCACCGGUAAUUGUCCAGAAACCUCCGCUACACAAGCAGCCGAUCAGUAACGUGCAGGCAUCGCCAGCCGCUCCCACCAACAAGCAGUCGGCUGCUGAGCGUCCGCCCGCCCAGCCCACCUCCUCGGUCAGCGGCUGCCGGAAGGAGGCGACGCGCGAAGUGGUGACCGAGGGCAGCUGCCGCAGCCGGCGGCCGGUGCGGGGCGCGCGCUGCGCCGCCCGCCCGGACUCGCGCGUCUGCUCCAAGCCGCUCUGCUGCGCGCCGAGACGCACCAAGAAGAGGAAGAUCCGCCUCGUAUGCGACGACGGCACGCGCUACACCAAAGAGUUAGAGAUAGUUCGCAAGUGCGCCUGCGGGAAGAAGUGCGCCAGGACCUCGCCCUUCCAGCAC